AUGAUAGUGCUAUUAAAAAGAUGGUCGAACAAAAAAAAGGAGCAAUAUUAUCAAAAGGCCUAUUCCAAUGUUGAGGUUGUGGUUGAUAAUGGGUUUCCUUUGAUCAAGAUUAUCAGGCAUGUUAGUAUCUGCGCUAUCUGGAAUACAUGUCGUCUGAAGUUCUUGGGUGCUUCUCAGAAAACAGUCUUAUUCCUGUCCACACCAAGUGUAAACCAACCAUUAUAUAACAGGGAUUUGAAUUACAGAAGUUUUAAUGACAUUCAUAUGAUCAUUGGAUGUACAUUAAGUGUUAUCUGGAGCGCCCACUUCCGCCUAGUUUUUGAUAAUUUAGUAUUUGUCCCAAAUCCUAUAGCAGCCCUAGCUACCCUACACAUCUAA